ACCGACCCGAACCACCAAGCCGUCGUUGCUUCAGGUUCGCCGCUACCUCCCUCAGCGUCGCUUACUGCUGGCCGCCGCAUUCCCCUUCCGCCCGCCAUGGCCGCCUCCCUCCACGGCCCCCGCCUCCUCCCGCUCCUCCCCAACCCCACCCCGAGCCUCGGCGGACCCCGGCGCGGGCAGCGCCGGCGCUUCUCGCCGGCCGCGGCGGUGCCGCCGUCGCGGAACGGGAGCUCGGCGGGGACGGACUGGUGUCCGGUGCCGCCGGAGCAGCGGCCCGUGAACGAGUACGAGGCGCUGUCCGCGUCGCUGCCCUUCUCCUGGGCGGCGGGGGACCUGCGGGUCUACUGCUCCCGCCUCGCCUUCACGGGCGCCGCCUUCGCGCUCUUCGUCGGCCUCCCCGUCGCGGCCUUCGGCGGCCCCGGCGGCGACGCCGUGCACCUCGCGCUGGGGGCCACCGGGUCCGGGAUCCUCGCCGUCACGCUCGCCGUCGUGAGGAUGUACCUCGGCUGGGCCUACGUCGGGAACCGCCUGCUCAGCGCCACCGUGGAGUAUGAGGAGACGGGAUGGUACGACGGGCAGAUAUGGGUUAAAACCCCGGAAGUUUUAGCUCGUGAUCGGCUUCUCGGUUCAUUUUCUGUCAAGCCUGUGCUGAACAGGGUGAAGUUCACCCUGGUGGGUCUGGCGGUGUCCCUGACCCUCUGCAUCCUCCUCUAUGUCAACACCGAGAAGCCGAAGGAGCCAUUCGAAAGCACUGGCCCAAGGGCCAUCCCCGGGGUGUACAAUGAUAAGGCAGCGAGGUCGUUUGAGCCUGAUGCGUUCUGUGGAGAACCUGAUGUCAGUGGUGAUCAGUCGUAGCUUUGCAUUGUGUUGAUCAUCAUACUGGUCGUUCUCUUCCUCUGUAAAUAUAGAAGGGGGAGGGGCCAUCGAGUUGGUGUUCUGAUGGUAGGUGAUGACAGGAUAUCGCAUAUUCAUCCUGUCCUUGUAAUUGUAAAUGGUGGGUUUCAUUGGUAAUGUAAAUAUUUGACCCGUACAUAGUGAUAGCUCAUACAGAAUUCAUUGUA